AUGCUUCAUGAACUCGCCAUCCCCCCGCGCAUCAUCACCCUAACCCUGCGCGCCAACCCCCUACUCGUCUCCAGCACCGGCAUCACGGACGUGCAGUUCGGCCUGGUUGACCACUACUCGGCGCCUAUCUUCAACCUGUUGCUGACUUGUCGUGAGGCGUACCACGAGGUGCUCCGCUGCUUGCCAGACACCUUGUCGGUCCGGGAGGAUAUUCUGUCUGGCAAGUCGGGGAGGUAUUUUACGAUACGGUACAAUCGGAAGAGGGACCUAUUGUGUUUGGAGCAUGUGUCAACGUUUAUGGAGAGCGCCAAGAAGAUUGUGGGGUUGCCGGAAGGGUUGACGCUGCCUGUGUUGGGGGUAGAGCUGGGGUCGGGGAUCGAUCAUGCGGUGAAUGACAGCCUGGAUUGGGAACCCGACCGGGAUAUCAUGGCUGCGGUAAGGCUGUUGAAGACCGAGAAGCUUUACCUUGUGCAUCCCAGCGUGACCAAGGCCCUGCGCGUACCCAUCCCGACGAUGACGAUUGAUCUUCGCACAGCAACCCGCGCGGAGAUAAAACUCGUCAUGAUGGAAGUCUGUUAUGAAGCACACGGUUACACGUCACCAUUCGUCGAGAUCGAAGUUAAGUGCGGUUGGCGCCAGAUGGAGCGAUAUUUCCGGGACAAUUCGCCUGGCGCAUUGCACUGGUACUACCUUGGUCCCGUGGACGAUUCGGAUCGGUACAGAAAACCCAGUGAUGCAGGUCAGGAGGCCGUGAGUGCGGAGCGGAAUGGGGUGGGAGGACAAGGUAAUCAGCAGGGUGAGGAGUAG